GAGCCUUGGGAUAGCGGAAGAGAACUGCAUCAGGUUUCCCUGUACGUUGAUGACGAUGCCUCUAGUUACACGGAGGGCGACGAAGAAGGGGAAGCGAAUGAAACCGGGCCAGAGGCCUCAGGCGUUGACGAGGAGGCAGUGACCUCUUCUGGUGACCAUCCCUCGCCCUCCAACGAGGUUGGCCCACGGUCUUCGAGGGCCGGUACAAAGGCCCCCACCUUCCUCCAGUUUUCCGAGAUUGUCACCGAUCUGGACGAUCCACCCUCGCCCGCUAUCGAUCACAAGAAGCGAAACGUGAUUCAGAGUUGA